AUGGACACCAAUACCAACGACAGUCUUGAGUCGCGCAUUCUACGCGCUGCAGCAGCAAACCACGCAGAUCUCCCGGAAUUCCCGGAUGAUAAAAGUGAUUUACCUUCCGAUUACGAAUAUGACCCCAAUGCAGACGAAGAAGAAGAAGUUGAAGAAGUAGAAGAAAUCGAUGAAAAUGAUUUGCUGGAAUACCUUGACCAGCAAGAACACCCUCUUACAAUUGCCCAGCGUCUAUUCUACCAUGAGCUUAACACUGUUGAGUCACAAAAACAUAGUUCUUCUUGGGAUCUUAAGUGUCUUCAACCAAAGAACUUGGAAGAGCUGUAUAGCCAAGGUUGGACAAUUGCCGAUGGACUUAUCGACCUAGAAACUCUCAAGGGGGCACGUAAGGAAGCCGAAGAUAUGCUGGCUAAAGGUGCUUUCUGCCACCCAUGCAAUCCAGACAACGACGAGUCCUUUGACCCUUACAGAGACGAAAACGCUCGUGAUGAUACCAUUGUCUGGCUAAACCCUGCAAAAAGAGAUGAAACCGACAUCUCAAGGAUUCUAGAGUUUUUUGAAGGUCCUUUACAUCAUGACAUUGCAGAGAUGAUUCGCUUGAAUGGUAAAACAGAGUACCAACUUGCACAUUACCAUCCCAAAGAAGCACACUAUGAAAGACAUCGGGAUGCAUUCCCUGUUGAUGAUCCCAACGACACACACCAACGCCGUGUUACAGCUAUUGUCUACCUGAAUCCUGGAUGGUCUCAUGGGGAUGGUGGAGAAUUGAAGCUGUUUGGACAAUUAGAGAAACAUGGAUUAAGAGAGUCGGCAGACCGAAUUGUGCAGCCGUUAUUAGGCCGAGUUGUGUUGUUUAUGAGCGGUGUUGUGGAUCAUGCAGUUAUGAAUGCAACCAAGGAUCGCUUUGCAUUGACAGCUUGGUUACGCUAA